UGUCACUCGAGAGAAAUGCAUCAUCGGCGCUCGCACCGUUGGCUGCAGCAUCCGCCAUGGGACAUACAGCCGAUUUGAAGGGGCGCCGAGCCACAGUCACGGGAGCUUUCGCUCACGUACUGCUCGUUGCAUUUUCAGGGCUCAUUAGCCUAAUACUGGUAAUGCUGCCCUCAAUAACGACGGUCGAGAGCGCACCCUUGGUGUCGUCGCUCCAAAGGAGAAGUUACCGAUCCCCGCCCAAGUGGUUGAACCCGUGCGGCUUCGCGGCCGAGGAGUUUGAGGGCGAGAUCGAGGUGGUACAGCUCAACGACGUUACCCUACUCAGCAACGUCAUCAUGCAAGCCAAGAACGCCCUCAGCUACGCACGAAGCUUUCGGGAAACUUACGUCAAGCGUACGUUCAACACCGACCUCGCGGACCUGCACGCGACGUGGAAAGACAACCACUACGGCUGGCUGCCCGGGCCGAAGCAGAUACCGAAGCAGCUUGGCGAACAUCUCGAUCCGGAGUUUCGCGACAAGCUGGAAAUUCGGAUGAUUGACACGGCACUUUUGGAUGCGUACGAAUACAUGCAGAGGUACGCCGUGGGCCUCGAGCAGAUAGCUUGGGACCAAGAGGACCACCACCACGAGUUCUGGAAACAGUUCAAGAACACGGAAUACAAUCUCCGAUCGGUGCUGUGCGAGCUGCAGAUGGCCCUGGCGGAGCGCUCGGUGGCUCAGCGGGAGGACGUGAGCCGCGACGUAAUGUCGGACGAGUACCGGGACAUGUCGGACGCGACCUUCCGCAACCUGCGCGACUGGAUCAUCUUCCGGGACUACAUGAACGGGCUCGAGUACGUGGUCGAGGUGUUCGAGCACCUCAUCAGCAUCAUCAAGUCCUGAGAGUGCCGAGCCGACGCCCAGCCGCAGACGAGUAGCACGAUGUCGCGCCUCCGCGGUAACCACCGCGCCGGCGAGCCCAAGGGGAUCGAUCAGCCCCCUUGGGCCUCGUGAGGGGUGGCCGACGCGAGAGCGUAGAUGCUACGCGGACGAUUGUGAUGAUCCAACGCAUGAGAAGAAGGAGGCGUCUCGAACUGCAGUCGAUUUUUCUUUGCCCCUCGACCGUCGUCGAGUGUCUCAUUCACGUUGGGGUGACUUUGAGCCUGAGCCUAUUGUGAUUUUUAUACAUAUAUGUAUAUAUAUAUAUACACACGCACGCGCGUGCGUCAACAAUCGUCGUUUCGGUCCCUUUGGAAAAUCACGAAUUAUAAUUAUUAUAAUUGUCCAUUAGCUGUAAAUUGUAACAACAUCCUUUUAGCGCGUACGAUACACACACUUUUUGUAAGAUGUGAAAAAAAAAAAAAAAAAACAAACUACGAGGUCACAGGGUAAGUUCCAGGGACGUUUUUUUGAUGCAUACAUACAUAUAUAUACAUAAUUAUAUAUUUAUUUAUCUAUGUAUACAUUUAGAGAAAGAGAGAG